AUGGUUAUUGAUGAGAAGGAAGUGGAGGAGGAGGAAGUGGACGAGGAGGAGGUGGACGAGGCGGAGAAGGAGAUGUACGAGGAGGAGAAGGAAGUGGACGAGAAGGUGGACGAGGGGUUGGACGAGGAGGAGGAGGAGGAGGUGGACGAGGAGGUGGAUGAGGAGGAGGAGGUGGACGAGGAGGAGGAGGAGGUGGGCGAGGAGGUGGAUGAGGAGGAGGAGGUGGACGAGGAGGAGGAGGAGGUAGACGAGGAGGAGGAGGAGGUGGAGGAGGUGGACGAGGAGGUGGACGAGGAGGAGGAAGAGGUGGACGAGGAGGAGGAGGAGGUGGACGAGGAGGUGGACGAGGAGGAGGUGGACAAGGAGGAGGAGGAGGAGAUGGACGAGGAGGAGGAGGAUGAGGAGGAGGAGGUAGACGAGGAGGAGGAGGAGGAGGAGGAGGUGGACGAGGAGGUGGACGAGGAGGAGGAAGAGAUGGACGAGGAGGAGGAGGAGGUGGACGAGGAGGUGGAUGAGGAGGAGGUGGACAAGGAGGAGGAGGAGGAGAUGGACGAGGAGGUGGAUGAGGAGGUGGAUGAGGAGGUGGAUGAGGAGGAGGAGGUGGACGAGGAGGAGGAGGAGGAGGUAGACGAGGAGGAGGUGGACGAGGAGGAGGAGGAGGUGGAGGAGGAGGAGGAGGAGGUGGAGGAGGAGGAGAAGGAGGAGGAGGAGGUGGACAAGGAGGUGGAUGAGGAGCCUCUCCCGGCCUCCCCGCUGCCUCCCCCCAGCCUCUCCCCAGCAUUCCACAGCCUCCCCGCUGCCUCCCCCCAGCCUCUCCCGGCCUCCCCGCUGCCUCCUCCCAGCCUCCCCAGGCUCCCCGCUGCCUCACCAGCCUCCCCAGCCUCCUUCCAGUCUCUCCCUGCCUCCCCCCAGAAUCUCCUUGCCUCCCCCCAGACUCUCCUUGCCUCCCCCCAGACUCUCCCUGCCUCCCCGCUGCCUCCCCCCAGCCUCUCCCGGCCUCCCCAGCCUCCCUCCAGCCUCUCCCUGCCUCCCACCAGACUCUCAUUGCCUCCCCCCAGACUCUCCCUGCCUCUCCCCAGCAUUCCACAGCCUCUCCCUGCCUCCCUCCGACCUUCCCCAGCCUUCCCCUGCCUCCCAAUGGUCUUCCCCCAGCCUCCCCAGCCUCCCCCAGUCUCCUCCAGCACUGGUGGCAUUUCAGCCAGUAGGCUCUGA